AUGUUGGGACUUGGAAGAUCUUUGUUUUCUUCUAUUAAGACAGGUACGCCAUCUAUUGGUUUAAGCACAUUCAAACCUAGCAUAAAUAAUUCAUUUUUGCUCAACAGCGUAAGAUACAAACAUGAAUAUGCACCAAGAUUCAAAAGAAUCAGAAAAGCAUUCAAGGGUAGAGUUAGUGUUAAAACUGGAGGAUCAAUAAAAGGUAACUCUUUGGAAUUUGGCGAAUAUGGUUUAAGAUUAAAAUCCAAUGGAAUCCGUAUGACGGCUACUCAGCUUCAAGAAGCUGAUAAAGUUAUUAAAAGAGAAAUUAGACCUUCGAAUGGUCAGUUGAUUACAAGAUUUGUGUGUAAUACGCCUGUUUGUAUCAAAGGUAACCAGACAAGAAUGGGUAAAGGUAAGGGUGCUUUUUCUCAUUGGGCAUGUCGUGUUACCACAGGUAAGGUCUUGUUCGAAAUAAAAGGUAAUGUACACGAAAAGGUUGCUAAGGAAGCAUUGAGGAAAGCUUCUGACAAAUUGCCUGGUUUAUUUGAAAUCAUCAAGCAAGACUCCAAGGUUAGAGUUAGUAUUAACCAUUGUAUUGAUAAACCUGAAAAAGUAGACUACGUUGAAGAAUUAAAUAAGAAUCCAACUCGUAAGUGGACAAACAUUCAAACUGCCAAAGAUUCGAUGUUUCAAAUGUUUAGAGGACGUUAA